AUGGAUGCAGCGUCGUUGAUCCGUGAGGAAAUUGCUAGACUUCGUGAGGAAAUUGACCGCAGCUCCUGCUACACCGAUGAAAAGUUGUUUGGUGACGCCCGUGCUGCCCUAAUGGAUUCCCUGGACAAUGAUUACGGUGGGUCUUAUUUCUAUUACUUUUUAUACUGCUUCAUAGUUCCGCUCGUUAUGGUGUUUAUCGUACUGCUGCUAUAUUACUGCGUAAAGAUGAUGAAUGAAUGGAAGGUGCUGCGGUGCCUAUUGCAGCAGAUGCGUGAUCAUCCUCUUAUUAUAAAGGAAUUACAUACUCGGGAGUUGAGUCAAGCAUCGCGCCGAUCUGCACGUCGACGCACUUCUUUUGUGAUUAUUCUAAAAUGCUUGAUAGCAACAUCUGUGCUCAUGGUCUUUAUAGGGUCACGUGUCAUGAUGGAGGCGAUGACUCGGGGGUGGCUGAAGAAUCUGCUAGUUUCCCCCAGCAGUGCAACUGGUGGCGCUGCUGCUGCUGCUGCUGCUGGAGGCUCCAUUGACCCGUGGUUUGAACUUUACACAGAACUUAUGAUGCUCCUCAGUGUGGACUGGUUCAGGGAUGUUCAAGGUCUUUUUGUUUUCUCUUUUUUUGGUUCCAGCAUGAUGAUGAUCGGACUGCGCUUGCUUCGAUCCGCCUCAGAAGAUGUUGCGUCGAUGCGCACGGACUCCAUUUCCUCGCUACAACUGCUCCAAAAGAUUGACGAUAAGUACAUGGAACGGGGACAGGAGCUUGUGCAGAAGCAAAUGGAGGGCCUCAUCGCCAUGCUGGCAGAGUACGCACUGCCGCAACUAGCGGCCGCCAGAGAGGCUGUUGCAGCAGCUGCUGCUGCUUCUAAAGAUGAUGAUGGUGAGAAGCCUCUGGAGUUGACAGGAAAAAAUGAAAGUUUCCCGAAGAAAGACGAGAUCGAAGCGUCUGGUACUGAGGACAAUAAUGGGAAAAUGAACUAA